AGCAGCGGCAGCAGCAGCAGCAGCGUCUCUCCCCGUUCUUCUCCUCUUCCCCUUAACCCUCCACAAUGGCGAAAGAAAACGGCGAGUCCGGCGAGGGUUCGUGGAAAAAGCACGUCGAUGACAUCAAGAAGAUAUUUGACUUCAAGGAAGUCCUUGGCACUGGCGCGUUUUCUGAGGUGGUGAUGGCGCGGGAGAAGGCCGCGGGGAAGAUGGUCGCAAUCAAGUGCAUCCCAAAAAAGGCACUGAAGGGGAAGGAGAUGAGCAUCGAAAAUGAAAUCGCUGUUCUGAGGAAGAUAAAGCAUGAGAACAUUGUGGCACUGGAGGACAUCUAUGAGAGCUCAAACCACCUGUACCUUAUAAUGCAGCUGGUGUCUGGAGGUGAACUGUUUGACCGCAUCGUGGAAAAAGGCUUCUACACAGAGAUGGAUGCCAGUCGACUCAUUCGGCAGGUUUUGGACGCAGUCAACUAUCUGCACUCCAUGGGCAUAGUGCACAGAGACCUGAAGCCCGAGAACCUGCUGUACUUCAGUCCCCAUGAUGACUCAAAGAUCAUGAUCAGUGACUUUGGCCUCUCAAAGAUGGAGGGAACAGGGGACGUGAUGGCCACCGCCUGUGGGACUCCGGGAUACGUGGCUCCCGAGGUUUUAGCUCAGAAGCCGUACAGUAAAGCUGUGGACUGCUGGUCUAUUGGGGUCAUCGCAUAUAUUCUGCUUUGCGGUUACCCUCCCUUCUAUGAUGAGAACGAUUCAAAGCUGUUUGAGCAGAUUCUCAGGGCGGACUACGAGUUCGACGCACCGUACUGGGAUGACAUAUCAGACUCUGCCAAAGACUUCAUCAGCUGCCUAAUGGAGAAGGACCCAGAGAAGAGAUUCACAUGUGACCAGGCUCUCGAGCAUCCCUGGAUUGCUGGAGACACGGCUCUCUGCAAGAACAUACACGAGUCCGUCAGUCGACAGAUGCGGAAAAACUUUGCCAAAAGCAAAUGGAGGCAAGCCUUCAAUGCGACAGCUGUAAUCCGCCACAUGAGGCGUUUGCAGCUGGGAACCAGCUUUGGCAGCAGCAUUUCCAGCAACAACUCAAUGUCCAAUCCUCAAAGCCGAGCUCCGACCAAGAGCCAGUCUGUGGACUGUGCCCCGCUCUCUCUGAAGGACUGUCCUCCCAUAGCUCCUCUGCCGUCUGCUGUUAAAGUGUGCAAUCAGGACUCUGAUGCUCCAGCACCUAUAUGUGAGGAGACCUCCGUGGUGGCCGCGGAGUCACGGCCACGACCUUCCACGGUUACCGUCAUCCACACGGGGACUAAAUGACGCCAGGUUCCGCGGGAGGUGAGCUGGGAGACCACUGAGCUCUGAGACGGAUCAAACCAUCCCAGGUCUCGUGAUUUAAGGUCGUUUGCCCGGUUUGCCCAUCCCGCAGCCUCUCUUCUUUUUUGACAACCGUGGGAGGAAUUUAAGGAGCAUUGGCUCGGCUCCGUUUGUCGUGGUCCAAGCGAGUCAAAACCGCUGCCUCGCUUCCUGUCGUCGCAUAUAGACAUCGAGACACGGAAGAGACAGAAGUUGUUAUUGUGUGAAGCCAUGUUCAGGAGGGAUCGUGAUCAGACCGACAACCUGGUGGUCCGGGAAGUGCCACGCUAGAAAAAAAAAAGGGGGGGGAAAGGUGUGUUGAACCUGCUGUCAUUUGUGACUGAGUGUCCUGAGACAUGGACGCUCUUCUGUUUGCCUUGUGUAAAUAUCCUAGAACUGUAGCGUGGAGUGAUACGUGAAGUAUAAGCUUUCAAGUUGUGGUAACUAAUUGUGACAUCAUCUGCACUCUGAACUUCAUGGUUGUUUGAGCUCUUUUUUGAUUUGCUGUGGUAUUUUGCUACGACGGCUCACAGGGUCUUGACACCGACAGUAUGACAGUGUGUGUGUGUGUGUCUUUGCUUUAAAGUUCGUGGAAGACGAUGAGACACAAGCAGGAGAAAGUGCUUUAGUCACAGAGCGUGAUCGCUGAGGAUGCCGGUGCAUUGCACUAAUCUAUCGGAUUAUUUAUUUUCUUAUACAAUAUAUUAGGAAUUUUUUCCAAGAAUAUCACUUUGAGGAAUGUGUAAAUGUGCUAUUAAACAGGACUGAAAAUGAUGGAUAAAGACACAGUAUCUUAUAGGUGUUACUUUGUAUUUGCCGUUUUAUUUGAUGAACUACUUUUGUUGUGACUGUGACAUCCUCCUUGACCACAGGAGGGCAACCACAUGUUGUGGCUUUAGUGACCAUUUCUCAGGGAUGUGGUCCAACGUGAAUCUGACCAAAAACCCCUCUCAGAGAGGUCAGACACUGCUGCUGAAAUAUAGCUGUAAAGUCCUGCAUGUUAUGCUAAUGUGCCAUUGGGAGUGUUUGACAAAUAUUCCCUUUGCAAAAAUCCAACAUUACUGACAUAUGGGAUCACGUCAAUCACUCUAAAUACGUUGUAUCCCCGUGAAAUGCACUGGGUUACAGAUUUGGAUGUAAAUUAAAAUUGUAAAUGUACCUGAACAUCAAUCGCUCCAAUUGUGGAAUCAUCAAGUGAGUAUAGUGUAAAAUAUCCUGCUCUGUCUCUGCUCAUGAAAUGGCAGCCUCUCUGUGUUUAAUCACUGUGCUUUCAUACCAGCCUGUAGAAUUUAGCAGAAAGCCUCUUUUCUCUCCCUCCCUUCCUCCCUCCCUCCCUCCCUCUCUCUCUCUUGCACUGAACAGACAAAAGCUAAAUCCCUCUGUAUACCAUAUGAAAUAUUGAAUAGUGAACCUCUAUUUGCUGUAAAUACAAUCUCAACAACAACGACAGUUUACCUGGAUCUGUUUGUCUUCCCCGUUUCCCUUUUCUUAUGAAAAGAAAGCUGAAUAUGGUGCAUUUAAAGUCCCUCAGUGUGCAUGUAAUACAUAUCGUCACUGAACUGUUGUUUGUACUUGUAGAAGUUGAUGUAUUAAAAGAGGCUUGUUUGCAUGUGUCAUUUUUAGUAGGUUUUUUUUUGUUUGUUUUGACCGAGACUGAAAAUAAAGUUAUUCUAAAUGUU